AGGAGGAGGAGGAGUCUGCCAGCUGAAGCUUGUUUGCAGACUCGGUGCGUUUUGGACUAAGCCCGUGCUUUUAUGGGUCAGGCUUAGUUCCAGUCUGAAUUCUAAGUAUUUAUGAUAUUUUUUCCUCUCGUUUUUUAAAAAGUGUUUCUUUGACGGACAGCUUGUGAGGAGACACAGCAGCAGGGAUAUUUGGUCAUGACCGUCUCCGUUUAACUCUGCGAUGGAGUCAAGUAUGAGAGUUAUUGUCCUUCUCGUUGUGAUGAGAUUUUCUGCUUCUGAGGAAGUGAAGAAGAACCUGACGGGCACUGUGGGAGGAAACAUCACUCUACCUGCACCUGUGCUGGAGAAAGGAUAUCUGUUAUAUGGAAGAACGAUUAUUGCUGAUGUGAAAGGCGGGAUAUUUGACUUAUCAGAGGACAUUUACAAGAACAGACUUCAGUGGGACAGAAACUCUGGACUCUUUACACUCACAGAGCUGCAGAGGAACGACUCAGGGAUUUAUACUGUCGACUCUAAAACAGGAAACGUUUUCACAUCAUCAUAUAAGCUGACAGUGUACGACUCUGUACCGACUCCUGCAGUGAAGAAAGUGAGUGUGAGCUCUGAGAGCUGCUCCUUACUGUGUUUGGUGGACAGAGAGACCAAACUGCUGUGGUUUAAAGACGAGCAGAGACUGAACCAGAGCAGCUCUGCGCUCUCUCUGCCUCUCACUGUGCACAAACAGGACUUCAGCUCCUCUUACAGAUGUGUGGCUGCAAACCCUGCAGAGAAUAAAACUCUUCCUGUCCAUGUGAGAACGACCUGUGGAGACACCAACAACGACACCAACAGCUCGACUGAACCAAGAAGCUAUAACAUCCUCAUUAUAAUCUUCUGUGUCCUGUCGGUUGUGAUGAUCAUACUUGCUGCUUUUUUCAUCAAGUCAAAGUAUCUUCCCCGAAACAAAACAAAGACAAACGGACAGGCACAAGGCAGGCCCCGCAGGCACGCAGGAAGAGGUCCAAUAUAGUGAAAUACAAAUAACCAACAACAGACAGGGGGAAAAUUUACCAGAGUCAUCAACAACGAUCUACCACACCAACCUGACCACAGUAUACGAUAAGCUGGAGGUCCAUCGCAUGAUCACGGACAACGAUGCUGAAAAUACCUGAGACCAAAUGAGAAAUUCCCAACUGAGAGUUUCCAGAAAGAAAACAUUUCAGGUUAUUGUUUUUUUUGACUGAAUUAGUUGCUUUUAUUUUAUUUAUAUCAUUUCAUUUAUUUUAUAAACUGCAUGUGCCUCUGUGUCACCCUGUUAGAUUUCUGUUAUUGAAUCUCACGUUUCAGUUUAAUUCACAGCAAAGCUUGUUUUCACUUCCUGCAGCUAAUAAAAAGUCUGUGCAUGAAGGAAUUUGGGAAAUGAGUCAAUGAUUUAAAAACAACUAACACACUCAGCUCAGGUACAGCUG